CCUGAACACCAGUAAGUUUAGCUCAGAACCCCAACAGAGUAACAUUUCCUCACAUCAACUACACUCAAGUGUCGUUUGCCAGUCUACAGAGACAAUCUUCCACAGAUUACUACAGUCUGCUAAAGACAACUACAGUCUGCUAAAGACAUCUACAGUCUGCUAAAGACAUCUACAGUCUGCUAAAGAUAACUACAGUCUACUAAAGACAUCUACAGUCUGCUAAAGACAACUACAAUCUACUAAAGACAUCUACAGUCUGCUAAAGACAACUACAGUCUGCUAAAGACAACUACAGUCUACUAAAGACAUCUACAGUCUGCUAAAGACAACUACAAUCUACUAAAGACAUCUACAGUCUGCUAAAGACAACUACAGUCUACUAAAGACAACUACAGUCUGCUAAAGACAACUACAGUCUGCUAAAGACAACUACAGUCUACUAAAGACAUCUACAGUCUGCUAAAGACAACUACAGUCUGCUACGGACAGAGCCAUGGAUAGAAGAAACGAGAACAUCUCUAUGCAUGAGUCACAGAUCUCUUCCCUCAAGCAAAGUCUCCAACUCCGGGAGGAGCAGGUGGAUGUCACCCAGCACCAGAGCAAGUACGACAAGAUAGCUGCAAGACUGGAGGAUUUUAGAAACAAAAGAAAAAAACUCUCAGAGCAAAACGAUCAGACGUUCAAGGCGACGUCAGAGAGCCAGAAUAGCGUCCAGCAGCAGCUCCACCAGAGGGACAAUGAAAUCCUGGAUCUGAGGAAGGAGAAGGAGGGUCUCUCUCAGAAGCUCACGGAGGCCAGAAAAAAGCUGUGGACUCAAAGAGCUGCACUUGUCCUGAGCGAGAGAGCUUGGCAGACAAAGUACGAGGAGAAGUUCAGGAUGGAGCUGGCCGAGAAACAACAGACCUGGGAAGCCAGAGUACAACAGGUGGAGGAAGAGAAUAAAGAACUGACCGAGAGAGAACAGAUCUGGAAGACCAUAGUAAAACAGAUGGAGGAAGAGAAUAAAGAACUGGCUGAGAAACAACAGAACUGGGAAGCCAGAGUAAAACAGGUGGAGGAAGAGAAUAAAGAAAUGACCGAGAGAGAACAAAUCUGGAAGACCAUAGUAAAACAGAUGGAGGAAGAGAAUAAAGAACUGGCUGAGAAACAACAGAGCUGGGAAGCCAGAGUACAACAGGUGGAGGAAGAGCAUAAAGAACUGGAGGAGGAGGAGGACAUCAAACAGAAAGAAAAGGCAGAGAUGAAAAAGAAAGCAAAGGAGGAGGAGAAGCAGAAGAAGGAGAUGAAAAAGAAAGCAAAGGAAGAAAAGGUGGAGAUGAAAAGGAAAGAAAAGGAGGAGAAGAAGCAGAAAAAGGAGAUGAAAAAG